UUGGAACGCAAAGACAAGACGCCCAACAACGCUCCGAGCUUGGCAAGCGUGGGACCUGCAUUUAACAUCCCAUACUCCGUACACCAGCACAUAUUAUUCACCCCUCUUAGGAAAGGAAUAACGUUGUCCAUUAAACCCAAUUGCCAAACAGAACACCCCUUACAAAUCAAAUAAAACCUACCAAAUCAACCCGUGAAACACAACCACACAGGAAAAAAGAUGGCCGCUCCUUUCCUCGCCCGCUUCCUCACCCCCGCCAGACCGUUCCUCUUCGCCGUUCCCCUCGGCCUCCCCCUCUACACUGCUCUCCCAAGACGACAACCCAUCCUUUGCGACUUUGCCGGGCCCUUCACCACUACUAGCCAUUCGCAAUACGGCAGCAGCCCUGUGUCCGAAACAGCAAGCGGGAUUCGCAGUCGGAGCGGAAUUAGCGAGACAACUGCGAGGCAGAUUAGUUUGGGAAGCGUGCUGGGGUUGGUGGCCGGGCUUGGGUUGAGGAUAUUUUCGAGGGCGCUCGUAUUUGCGCUGGGGGUUAUGAUUUUGGGGGUGGAGUGGGCAGCCUCCAAGGGCUACAAUAUCGUCCCCACACGCUGGUUGCAGAAACAUGUCAAAUCCGCGGAUGUUCAGCGGUUUGUGACAGAAAAGGUCCCCUUCAAAGUCAGCUUUGGAACGAUGAUGAUGUUGGCUGCAUUUGCGCAAUUUUAGGAGCUAAAGACAACACCACGUAUUGCGAGAUGCUCUUUUUAAUGUGGUGGAUCUCUCCAUCCAAUGGAGAUAGGCAGCCGCCUGGGUGCUCUGGUCUUCGUUAAUUGUAUUCAUUUUAUCUGUAUAUUUAAGCUGGGCUCUAGAUAUAGAUAGGGUAUCAUAUGCUUGUGAAUAUAAUCAUCUGGAAUGGAACGCAAAUAUAGAAAAAUGGGGAAAACAUAUGAUGUGCUAUAAUAUUUCAAUCAAUAAUUAAAUCUUCCAAAACUCCUUCCAUCUCUUCUCUGGAGAGAGGGAUUCCAAGCAUUUCCACUCCGCUCGCAUCAGUACGUGA